AUGAGUGCUCCAGAGGAGGCACUGACAUUGAGCAAGAAUCAGCGACGCCUCCGUCAAAAGCACUCCAUGGCGCAGCGCAUCUACCACCGGGCCAAGGCCUGUCUCCGCUGCCACGGCAACCUCGUCGAGCGGGCCGAGGCCAAGGAAAACCCGUGCAAGUUCCAGUACGUGUUCCCGUGCGGCCACAUCCUCUGCCAGCGCUGCUUCGACGCGGCGGCGCCCUACGACGAGGCGUCCGAGUGUGACCGCUGCGGAUCGUGCAUCUGGCGGCGCAGCACCCGGGCCCCCUCGUCGACGACCGAGUGCGCGCACUGCGUGCCCUUCGCGAGCGUCCCGGCGGGCACCAAGCCGCCUUUGGAGCCCGGCAUGCUCAAGCUCGGCUGGGAGAAGAUUGGCCGCGCGUGCGGGCGCUGCGUCGCGGAGCGGCUGCUGCGCCGACUCACCGAGGAGGCGCGCGCGACGGGCGUGCCGGGCGCCGAAGUGGCCGUCGCGUGCCUGGGCACGGGCAUGGACGCGCUGCACGGCUGGGUGGCGCCCGAGAUGACCAUCGAGGAGAUGGGCGCGGGCGGCGAGCCCAUGGCGCUCCCGGAGCUGGCGGCCCUGGCGAGCGGCAAGAUGGAGGAGAUGGCGGCGGCGCUCGAGGGCCUGCGCGCCGAGCGCGGAUGGAAGCCCUCGCUGCUGUUGCAGGGCGUCGUGUUCCGCGAGCCGUACAAGGGCGCGGAGCCGGACUUUGACUACGAGAAGUGGCUCGACUUCGGCGACGACAUGGAGGAGCUGAUGAACUUUGACCCGACUACAUUGGAGGGCGAGGCGGCCGAGCCGAUCGACUUUAAUUUUGACUAG